UGACAUUAUUCGCUCACUUCUGAGGAAGCUCCGCCCAGGUAUCGUCUCUUCAAAGUGAAUUCCCUGUCCCGCUACAGUUACUCGAAACUGCGGAGUCCAUAGCACAGUUUACAGUGCACUAGUUCAGGAUUUAGUAUACGCCAUCCGCUUAGGCUACGUGUUGGAAGUAUAAUGGCUUUACGGGUUGUUUUACAAGGUCCUGGACCGUGGGGCUUCCGUCUGGUCGGGGGAAAAGAUUUCGAACAGCCUCUGACUAUCUCGAGGGUGACCCCAGGAAGCAAAGCGGCUCAAGCAGACCUUUGUAUGGGGGACAUGAUCCUGGCCAUAGAUGGAGAAUCAACAGAGGGCAUGACUCACCUGGAAGCACAAAAUAAAAUCAAAGCUUGCAUAGAGGAAAUGGUGCUUUCCAUUGACAGAUCAGAGUCAAACAUGUGGUCCCCACUGGUCACUGAAGAAGGAAAGACCAAUCCAUAUAAGAUGAAUCUGGCAAAUAAAGAAACACAGGAGAUGAAACAUAUAGGCGCUGCUCAUAACAGGAGUGCCAUUCCUUUCAGUUCUGGUAGUCCGAGGGUGGUCACCAACAUGUACAAUAACCCUGCUGGCCUGUAUUCCUCUGAAAACAUUAAGAGUUUCAACAGUGCAGUGGACGGCGUCCAGACUUCUGCUGCCUCCAGUGAAGCCAGUAGGAACCCAGAUCCCUGUAGACCUGGCCAGCCAAUGCCUGCGUUAGCUGCAGACUCUGAAGUGUACAAAAUGCUGCAGGAGAAUCAAGAAUCCAAUGAGCCUCCUCGCCAGUCUGCCUCUUUUAAAGUUCUGCAGGAGAUCCUGGAAACUGGUGAUACAGAUAAACCCUCAGGCUUCAGAAGUGUCAAAGCCCCCACCACAAAAGUUGGAGCCUCCGUUGGGAAUCCUGAAAAUCUCUCUCUUUGUGACAAAUGUGGUUCAGGGAUUGUAGGAUUGAUGGUCAAAGUUCGAGAUAAGUUUCGCCACCCAGAAUGCUUCGUCUGCACAGACUGCGGGAUCAAUCUUAAGCAAAAAGGACACUUUUUUGUCGAGGACAAAAUUUACUGCGAGAAACACGCACGUGAACACGUCACUCCUCCAGAGGGUUAUGAUGUUGUCACUGUUUUUCCAAAGUAGAAUGUUUCCCACGUUCUACUUUAAAACUGCACCUUCCCUUAUGUGGGGAAUUCCUUUGGAAAUCUGUAACACUUUAUUUGGAUAGUCUUUCAGUGAGGCUGCUUUGUUGCCAAUAUGAAUGUUUGUAACAGCUCUUACAUACUCAGACAGAUGUGCAUGGAUAUAAAUGGACUUUGG